AGCAGAGAGACGCGCACACAGAGAGACGGCUCGUGUUUCCACCCGCCGGAGAGCAGAUCCCCCCGCCCGCGCCGAGCAGUGGUGCGGCCCGCUGCGCGCACAGAUCUGUUAUUGUGCAGCGCUGCAGAAGGCAGAGAGACAGACAGCGUGUGGGAGCCUCGCGCUUUUUCGCCGUCAUUCAGGAAACGACGGCGGCGGAGGACGAGCACCAGCGAACCGCUACGGCCGGAGAGACAAACAGGAAGGCGGCAGGGCGGCGGUGCUGAGACCUUCCUCGCGUCCGCCGCUCUCCGCGUCCCCCGUCUCGGAGCCUGUGUCCUCCAUCCUCUAUUUUUCUGUAAGGAAGAGGAGAACAGAGGAGGAGGAGGAGGAAGAGCGCCCCCUCCCCUCGCGGCCAGCAGAACGCUCCGGAAAAAGAGAGAGAGAGAGAGAGAAAGAGAAAGAGAGAGAGUGUGUUUUAUUCAUCUCUGGUUCGGCUCCGUUGUUCUCUCGGGAGCGAGCGGCUUGCCCAUGUCCGUCAACUCAGAAAAAUCCUCUUCCCCAGAAAGGCCCGACACACAGAAGGUUCCGUCCGCUCCUCCUCCUCCUCCUCCCCCUCCUCCUCCACCCCCUCCGCCCCCCCCUCCCGAGCCUGUCGCCCCGCCGGAGCCGGAGGAGGAGAUUCUGGGCUCUGAUGACGAAGAGCAGGAGGAUCCGGCCGACUACUGCAAAGGAGGUUACCAUCCCGUGAAGAUCGGCGACCUGUUUAACGGCAGAUACCAUGUCAUCCGCAAGCUGGGCUGGGGUCACUUCUCCACCGUCUGGCUGUGCUGGGAUAUUCAAGCGAAGCGUUUUGUUGCGAUGAAGGUGGUAAAGAGCGCGCAGCACUACACAGAGACGGCACUGGAUGAAAUUAAAUUACUCAGAUGUGUGCGUGAGACUGAUCCUGAUGAUCCUAAUAAGGACAUGGUUGUUCAGCUCAUAGACGACUUCAAGAUCUCAGGGGUGAAUGGGAUUCAUGUGUGUAUGGUGUUUGAAGUUCUUGGUCAUCAUUUGCUGAAGUGGAUCAUCAAGUCAAAUUAUCAGGGUUUGCCGUUACCCUGCGUCAAGAGCAUCAUUAGACAGGUUCUGCAGGGCCUCGAUUACCUUCACAGUAAGUGUAAGAUCAUCCACACGGACAUCAAACCGGAGAACAUCCUCAUGUGCGUGGACGACGCUUUCGUGCGCAGGAUGGCGGUCGAGGCCACCGAGUGGCAGAAAGCCGGAGCGCCGCCGCCGUCCGGAUCCGCCGUCAGCACGGCUCCUCAACUCAAACAGGUGGGCAAGAUCUCCAAAAAUAAAAAGAAAAAGCUGAAGAAGAAGCAGAAGCGGCAGGCGGAGCUGCUGGAGAGACGCAUGCUGGAGAUCGAAGCUCUGGAGCGAGAGGCGGAGAAACAGAGAUCCGGCGGAGCGUCGGACGCCGCACACGGCCCGAGCCUGGCGCUGGCGGACAGCGAGGACGACGAUGAGGACGAUGAGGAUGAGGACGAGGAGGCCGAGGGACAGAAGGAGCGGCCCGUCAGACUCACCAACCACACAUGUGCGGAGCCGGAUCAGGAUCAGCAGGAAAUAGAGGAGAACGAGGAAGGUUGUGACGUCCUUCCCACCGCCGACUGUCCCGAUGAAGAAGAGUCGCACACGCACGCUCCCCCCGAGCGACAGGACGCUCCUGACAACGAGGAGGAGUGUGAAAACUCAAAAGAACAGGAAGAGCAGGAUGGAAACAAAGACGUGAGAGAGGAAGAGGCGGAUAAAGAGGAGGAAGAGGACACGGAAGCCACACCCUCGCAGACGGCCGAGGACGAGCCGAAGACGCACGAGCGUCCGAACCAGGAAGAGGCAGAUCCGCCGAAAGAGACGACAGAGAGACAAGAAGAUGAGGAGGAGGAUGAGGAUGAAUAUGAAGAUGAAGACUAUGACGACGAGGAGGAGGAAGAGGAGGAGGAGGAGGAGGAGGAGGAGGAGGAGGAGGAAGCAGACGACGAAGGCCAGGAACAUUCCAUCAAGGACCACAAUGACGUGUCUAAAACGAACGGUCACGUGAUCAUGUGCGUGCAGGAGCGUCUGUCGCCCGGCGUGCCGAUCUCCUCGCCGCUCCUCUGCCCUCUGGUGGAGUCUGAGAUCAGCACGACCGACCGCGACGCUUCCGACGCCUCGUACGAGCUCUACAACGGAGAAACCGCACUGACGAACGGAGCGCGGCACCGCGGCACCACGCCGCGCUUCCCCGAGCUUCCUCUGGAUCCCGAACCGCCCGACUCCGAGCACGACGAGGCCCAGGCGCUCAGCGGCAACACCGACCGCAGCCGAACGGUGUCGUCGUCCAGCACCGGAGACACGCCGAAAGUGAAGGUCAGAGCGGCCGAUCUACUGGUGAAUCCUCUGGAUCCGAGGAACGCAGAUGUUCUGAGAGUCAAAAUCGCUGAUCUGGGCAAUGCGUGCUGGGUGCACAAACACUUCACGGAGGACAUCCAGACGCGGCAGUACCGCUCCAUCGAGGUGCUGAUCGGAGCGGGAUACAGCACACCCGCCGAUAUCUGGAGCACGGCCUGCAUGGCGUUUGAGCUGGCCACCGGAGACUACCUGUUUGAGCCGCACUCUGGCGAAGACUACUCUCGUGAUGAAGAUCAUAUAGCUCACAUCAUAGAGCUUCUUGGCUGCAUUCCUCGCCACUUUGCUCUUUCUGGAAAAUAUUCCCGGGAAUUCUUCAAUCGGAGAGGUGAGCUGCGGCACAUCACCAAACUCAAGCCCUGGUCUCUGUUUGACGUGCUGGUGGAGAAAUACGGCUGGUCGGCCGAGGACGCCGGUCACUUCACGCACUUCCUGCUGCCCAUGCUGGAGAUGGUGCCGGAGAAACGAGCCUCGGCUUCAGAAUGCCUCAACCACCCGUGGCUGAUCUCGUAGCACUUUGGUCCCUCAGACUCAUCGACGCCCCCCUGCGGCCCCGUCCUGAACUGCAGCCCGCCUUCAUUAGAGAGGAAGAACCAGAGAGAGGAGGGUGUCAAAGGGGCGAGGGUGGGCUUCAGCGCGCGCACACACACACACACACACACGGUAGAAACAUCUUCAUGUCUCAUCUGAGAGCUUCAUUCACCGUCUUCCUCAGCGUCAUUCAACAGAACUGACAUUUUACACACUGAAAACAGAGAUCAUUUCACUUUAUCUGACAGAUAAAAGAGCAUUUAUUCCUUUAUGUGAUUCAUUCUCAUGAAAUUUUAAUUUAGGAGUGUGGAUCGGUAAGGUUUAUAACUCGUGGCGGCAUGUACUCAUGCCUUCGGCGGUUCCUAGUAAAACAAAUAUUUAUAAAUGCACACACAUUAAAAUAUUAUGAGCGAUCAUUCACCUCAGUGACUGUGAAUAUGAGUCACUGAAACAGCUGUGAGUGUGUGUGAGUGUGUGUGUGUGUGUGUGUGUGUGUGUGUGUGUGUGUGUGUGUGUGUGUGAGUGUGUGAGUGAAUGUGUGUGUGUGAGUGUGUGUGUGUGUGUGUGAGUGAGUGUGUGUGAGUGUGUGUGUGUGAGUGUGUGUGUGAGUGUGUGUGUGUGUGUGUGAGUGUGUGUGUGUGUGUGUGUGAGUGAGUGUGUGUGUGUGUGUGAGUGUGUGUGUGUGUGUGUGUGUGUGUGUGUGAGUGUGUGUGUGUGUGUGUGAGUGUGUGUGUGUGUGUGUGUGAGUGAGUGUGUGUGUGUGUGUGUGUGUGUGUGUGUGUGUGUGUGUGAGUGUGUGUGAGUGUGUGUGUGUGUGUGUGUGUGUGUGUGUGUGUGUGUGUGUGUGUGUGUGUGUGAGCAACACACACUGCUAGUUCAUGUAUUUGACAGGAAGCCCACCUGAGUCCCUCUGCAUGAAGCCCCGCCUCUUUCGCCCCACCAUCCAAUCAGGUUCUGCAAAGGAGCUGUUUACAAACCUCAUUCCUCACACACACACACACACACACACACACACACACACACACUGCCCUGGGAAAUAUGAAUCCAGAAGACAAAGAGACGCUUUGGUUUGUGGAGAGCAAACGGAUGGACGUUGCCGCCGUCGACUGUUCCCCGUCUGGUUUUACGUUUUUAUCCGAAGCUUCGAGUCUCGAUUCCGACGACAACAUUCCCGAUUCUCCGGCGGUGCGACCCGCUCGCUUACACCUUCUCUGCACUUUCUCCGGCAGGACGGACGUCUCGCUCCGGGGCUUUCGUGUAACGAGGCUGCACUUGUGUUCGUACUUUUUGUUCAGGGAAACGUACCGAUGUACAGAGAUCCAGCAAACUGUCCAAAAACUCGCAACUGCUUGAGCGCAAGAUAAACACGCCGCCGACAGGAGUCGGUCGUCACGGAGAUGUGGACGGUCGUCGCGGCAGCCGUUUCCGUGGCCUCACGCUGCUCGAAACGCAUCGUCAUCGUCGUCAUCAUCAUGAUCAUGAUCGUCGUCACAGUUAGUCCAGUUGCCUAUUUUCGCAAUAAAAGUAGAUGGUGAAAUAUUUUUAAAACUAUUUAAAUUGAUUUAAAAGAAAAGCAGUUCUCUGAUGUUGUGACAGUGACAGAGUUUAGUCGUAAUAAGGUGAUUGUGUUUCGUCUAUUUCGAGAUGUUUUAUUUCCUUCGUUUGGGUUUUUUAUUCGGUUGUCACUUCCUUCAUGACAUCGACUCGUGCUGCUCUGUGAGGACUCGUGUGACAGUCAUGACUUUUAUUGAACAUUUUUGCAAUAAUAGUGAUUACGAUGAUGAAUUUUUGCACCGGAAGCUCCUGAUGUGUCUCACGCAGCCACGCUGACUGUUCUUCCCAACGUCGACAACUGCGUCCUUGUUUUUCAUCGACAGAUUUAAUAAAAUUGUAAAUUAAUGGAUCGAA